UAGACUUUCAGUUUUGAUGAGUUUCAGUAAACUCUUUACGUAAUGUCAUAGUUUGAUGAUAGAAAUAAAUGAAAUUAUUGAAUAAGAUUUAAGAUGAUUAUGAUGAACUUAGUAUAAGCAUUCAAUUCCAAUAGUGACUAUGCCGACAGCAGUUUUAUAAUUAUUUCUUUGUGCUAUUGCUAGAAAGAACAAGUGUUCUGUUACAGGCUUAUCAUGGUAUGGAUUAUAUUCAAUCACUAUGACAAAAAUCUGGAAUGGGAAAGUUGAGUCCAAGCAGUCUCAGCAUGUCAGGACAUCCGGCUAUCCUGGACGACACAAGUUUGACUGUAGUACAUACUUGUGGUAAAUCUGGAGGGACAUUUUCGUUACCUUUUGGAGCUCAACUCAAAGUACCUGAGGCAUGCUUGGGUAAGAAAGACACCAUUACCUGUCAAGUAGCCAGCCCUAACACAAGAUGGCUGACCUGUCCACAUCACCUGUACUCUUAUGAACAGAUCAACAGUGAACUCUAUACACUCAAAUCUUCUGCCAAAUGUUUCAAAAAGAACCUCUUACUUUUGCUGCCCUUUAAGUCAGCCCAACAUGAGUUCCAAGAAAUCAAUGUGAAAGGCAAAUGGACGGAUGAGGCAGAAUGGAUCAACGUUGGAUUUCUUGUUAAGGAACUGGAAGGCAGCAAGUGUGUUGAACUAGAACUGUCUCGUUGUGGGACUUUUGUCGUCACUAUUGCACCCAAAACAGAAACAUUUCAAGUCAGCAAACUGGGCUGUCUUCACCAGUCUCGGCUCAUGAGACAUCUAACACUUCGUUUUCCCAAGAAGACCAUAGAUCAAGACAUUCAGUGUGCAUUACAGAUACUGCCCAUUGGACCUGAUAUAAUUCAACUAACAAAAGACCAAUUUCCCCAAGAGACAUCUGAUCUUGUGUCUGUCACAGAGUUGAUUGACGUGAUAGCGACACCACCAUGCACAUUUCGUCAUCCUAUAUCUAUCAAGUUACCACUUCCGGUAGGAGUGGACAUCAAUGUGGAAGGCGGAGGUGCUGCGGCAACAAGCGAAGGUCACCCAGAUAUAGCAGUAGUCUACAAGACAACAUUAGGGUGGGAGUUAGUAGAGUCCAACUACAAGUUUACACGAUCUACAGUGGCCUUUGAUAUUAAAGAAUUGACAAGGUAUUGUGUUGUGCAGUGUGUCCCUGGUAGACAUAAGAAAAUGAAAGACGCUGUGACACUAUUGGAAGGUAGACAUCUGAAAGAGAAGGGUGAAGUUUGCUUGUUUAUGUCACUCAAGAGUCGAUCCUGGCUUGCCAUGGUAGAGAUUGUUUCACAACGUUUGCUAGACACAAGAAUCAGUGAUAGAAAGGCACAAGGGUUUACAUAUGUCCCAAAGAAGCAGGCUCUGUUGUCAUCUGAAGCUCCAGCUCGAUUUAGCAGUUAUCGAAAGGCCACAGUUCCCAGAAAUAACAAGCAAAGAGAAGAGAUUUUAGAAAUUCAUGAAGGUCUCACGUGGUUGGUCGAUGUUGAUGGUGACGUCAAGGUUAGCAUGACCUCAGACCUAAGAGAGAAUAAUCAGUUGAGAUAUUUCUCCAGACUAACAGACUCAUAUAGAACAUUCUAUUUUGAGCCUUUGGAAAAUGAUCCAAAACAACUUGAAGCUACUAUCAACUUGAUACCCAUGGGAAUAAGAGAUGAGAAUACAAGAAACAAAUUGACUUUAACGUUUGAUACAACCAUAGAGUCUGCUCAAGUUGUAGAGUAUCUUGCACCAGAAGUUACAAAAGAGGAGACUAGCUCGGAAUCUAAAAGAGAUCUCAAUAUAGAUUUAAAACCAAGUUUGAUACAACAAGAAGCGCCCAAGCCUUCAGUUUCUAAACCCAGAAUGAGAGAGUUACCCCCCGUUGUCAUGAAACGACUCACACAGCCCACUAGACCAAUUAGAGUUCCUGAUCGAGAAUCCAAAGCACUUUCUGGCAAGUCUCUAAUGACUUUGGCCAGAAUAGUUCCAGAAGGAUUGACCCUUGCUGUGCAUCUACAGCUUCCGGAUUCGACUAUAACUGGCAUUGGCUUUGAUGCUUUGAGUAAUAAUUUAAACAUGUCGGACGUCUCCUAUAAAAUUUUGCUCUACUGGAAAAGAAAGUGCAAGGAUAAGCAGUCUGGUGCCAUAACACAGUUGACUGAAGCCCUUAAAGAAAUGAAUUAUCCUGAUAUUGCAGCAGCAAUCCUUAACUGUCAUCAGCAACAUAAAGAAUUCACUCCCGAAUGUCUGUCUGCUGAGGAUGUAUAUGGAAGGAUAGCCUUAACACAAUGAGAGGAUACUGUAACCUUAACUCAAUGAGAGGAUACAGUAGCCUUAACUCAAUGAGAGGAUACAGUAGCCUUAACUCAAUGAGAGGAUACAGUAGCCUUAACUCAAUGAGAGGAUACAGUAGCCUUAACUCAACGAGAGGAUACAGUAGCCUUAACUCAAUGAGAGGAUACAGUUUGUCUCUACCAUGGAUUCCUGUGAACAGACUAAAACCAAGAUUUAUGUUGUAAAUCAUUGUAUUUAUAUAAAUUAUUUAAUAUCAUUCAUUCAAUGCAAUAUACAAUUUUCAAAGCUAUACAGUGAAAAGAUAUUAUGUUAAAUUGGUGAAUUAUACUUUUAAAAAAAUGUUUAAUACUUUUACAUUCCACGAGCGUAGCCAAGAAAGGUUUGAUUUUUAAACCUUUCCAAUAAAAAAAGGGAAGGAAAACUAAACUACAGCCAAUGAAUUCCAUGGUCGUACCCAUGGGCGGUUUUGAGGUUAACCCCCCCCCUUCCUUAAAAAGAAAAGCAAAACUAAAUUAUUUAAUCCCAUGAGCGCAGCCAAAGGGGGUUUUGUAAUUAACCGCCCCUCCAAUAAAAAAAUAAAGCUAAACUAUUGUUACCAUUUCAGCAUAGACAUUUUUUUUCGCCUGAGGUUGGAUCCCAUUAAUAAAAUAAAUCUACACAAUUUAAAGACAAAGUCUUAAAAACAAAUAAAGCAAACUACAGUCAGUUGAGAUUUAAGUCUAGGCCAAAUAAAACAUUUCACAUUUUUGUACGCCACUGGGCUCAAUUAAUAAAGUGCAAUGAAUAGCAGAAUUGAUAUUUGACCUUCAAUUUAUGAAUACAAGAGAAGCAAUGUAAACACUUCAGAAUAUGCAAUCUGUAUUUUGUAAUGCAUGAAAUAAUGCCGCACUUUGCCCUGAUCAACUUGAAAUCAUUGCCUCUAAAGAAGGUUUUACUAAAUACAUUUUCAGACAUAAAAAUCGGUGCAGUAAAGUCUAAAUAUAAAUGAGAAAUUAAUUUUAAAGUAUGGAUUUAUUAUUGUAUUAAUUUAGUAUCAAAAUAAAAUAUUACAUUAAAUAAUUUUUGAGUAACCUUCAUCUUGACGAAAUCUAUGUCAAUUACAGAGUUAGAGUUCAAUUAUGUCAUUCUGAUAUUACUAACAUAGAGUUUGGGUCCAUGAAGGGACAACAAAUGGGGAAUGUUUUCAUAUGGUGGUUAAAACAGUGUGUGAAACAGGAAGAAUAAUCAAAGUUUUUAAAGUUAAGAGAGAAACAAAGGAACAUCAUUUAAAACAAGCUUUGUUUCAACCGGAGGAAUAAAUGUCAAACAUAGUCAACAUUGUGUACUAAAUCAACUUCUUUGAGUAAUCCAACUCUUGUAUUUCUAUUUCACCAAACCAAAUGUUCUACUACUCUACAUUUUUUUAUUCCACCAAAAGUUUAGUUUGCAUGAAACGCAAAGCAAUGCAUUGAAAAAGUUUGUUUGUUCCAAAUUUGAAGCUGCAUUCAGAGUUACAUAGCUAUGAAUAAGCUGAUAUCUAUAAUAGUGACAUAGCUAUGAAUAAGCUGAUAUCUAUAAUAGUGACAUAGCUAUGAAUAAGCUGAUAUCUAUAAUAGUGACAUAGCUAUGAAUAAGCUGAUAUCUAUAAUAGUGACAUAGCUAUGAAUAAGCUGAUAUCUAUAAUAGUGACAUAGCUAUGAAUAAGCUGAUAUCUAUAAUAGUGACAUAGCUAUGAAUAAGCUGAUAUCUAUAAUAGUGACAUAGCUAUGAAUAAGCUGAUAUCUAUAAUAGUGACAUAGCUAUGAAUAAGCUGAUAUCUAUAAUAGUGACAUAGCUAUGAAUAAGCUGAUAUCUAUAAUAGUGACAUAGCUAUGAAUAAGCUGAUAUCUAUAAUAGUUACAUAGCUAUGAAUAAGCUGAUAUCUAUCAUAGUUACAUAGUUAUGAAUAAGCUGAUAUCUAUCAUAGUGACAUAGCUAUGAAUAGUUAACUACACAUGAAUUCAUUUUUCGAGCACAGUAUUUUAGACAUGUUCUUUAGUCAAGUUUCAUGGGCCUACACAUAAAACCCCGUAACACCUAACUUAGAUGACACAUUUAGAUAAUUCUAGUGUCUUUGUUAACAGUUCUACAUAACAAGAUAGUUUUUGUUUUUAUUUAUUAAUUUUGAAAUUUGUGUCAAAGUAUCUAAUUAAAUCCACAUUUAGAUUAUUUAAUGUCGUUUUCAGAUCUAGCCCAAUUUUUCUACAUAGGCCUAUAUCUAAAUCUUAUAUCUAAAUCUUAUAGAUCUAAAAAUGAAUGUACAUAUUUAUUUACAAAAAGAUUUAUAUCGACUAGACUUUGCCUAGAUCAAGUUUAGAUCUAGACAUUGUUGUAGAGGUUCAAUGUUACUAGUGUAAAACACGGCUCAUUAGAUUUAUCGAAAUCCUUAUCUAAUAUGAUGGGCAACAUAUAAAUAGCUUAUCGCAUCUCUAAGAUGUUUUAUUUAAAUUAUUCCAUUUUGGUUGUUUACAUAGAGAUCAACUUAUUAAAGAAUUGCUAUCAAAUUGUUA